CAUAUUGUUAAAAGUUCUGUGUAUUGCGUCUGACUGUGAUUGAAAAAUGUUUGUGCACCCCAAGAACUAUGAAAUGGAAGCUACUUUCUCUGUCCCCGAUUCGGACAUGGACAGCAACAGCAUGGACAUCGAAUUGACAUUGAAUCAAAAUAAAAUUAAAAAUAAAAGUCAAAAUGCCAGUCACCAGUCGGCCGUCGGUAAAACAAUAUGCAAGUGUUUUGUUAAUACUUAUCAGGACUAUUGUCAGCACACAUCCAUACAUGGUGUCCAGUAUCUCGGGGAGGAGAAGCGACCGAUUAAGGAGCGCAUCUUCUGGCUGUGCGUUUUCGUGGUGUCCAUUUACUGUUCGGCGACGCUGAUCUACAGCGCCUACACCAAGUGGAAUGAGACGCCAGUGAUUGUCAGCUUUGCGGAGAGAUCGACGCCCGUAUGGAAUAUACCCUUCCCAGCUGUGACCAUCUGCUCGGAAACGAAACGUGUGCUGAAGACGGAAGGCAACCACAACAAUUCAUAUGCGAAUCUCUACCGUCAAUUUACGGCCGAUAUGCGAUCCGGUCGCAUUUUCCGGCCACACAAUAUCACUGCGUGGGAAAUGGAGGAGUUUCGUACGUUGCUGCACAUCUGCAAUAAGCAGAUCGUUGAGCAGGAUAUGCCGCUGAUACCGGGCGAAGAUGUGGACUACACGGAUGUGCUCGAACGGAUGUUGCCACCAUUUGAGCGAUACUUCUUUUACUGCCGCUGGCUGAGUCGCUUCAACGAGUGCGACAAAUACUUUAAGCAGACUCUGACAGAGGAGGGCAUCUGUUAUACGUUCAAUGGACUGCGAGCCACGGAGAUUUAUCGCGAGGAUACGUAUCAAUACCAUUACAGCAGCAAUAUGGCUGUAAAGCAGAAUGUCACCGCGGCAACAUGGAGCUUGGAGACCGGCUAUGAUGCCAACAGCGAUGUCGAAACUUAUCCGGCACGUGUCCUAAGUGCCGGCGCUCGUUCGGGCAUAUUCAUGGCACUGCAGAGUUUCAAACAGGAGGUGGACUAUGCAUGCAGGGGCCCCGUGCAAGGAUUCAAGGUGUCGCUGCAUGCGCCGGACGAUGUGCCGCAGGUGUCCAAGCAAUUCGUACGCAUACCCAUGGGCAGGGAGGUGCUGAUUGCCGUCAAACCAAAUAUGAUAACCACAUCGUCGGGCAUUGCCGAAUAUCAUCCGCUGCGACGGCAAUGCUUCCUCAGUCACGAGCGCCAGCUGCGCUUCUUUAAGAUCUACUCGGAGUCCAAUUGCCAGCUGGAAUGCCAGGCCAAUUUUACGCUGAGCCAAUGCGGCUGUGUCAAGUUUUCGAUGCCGCGCAGCCUGGACACGCCCGUCUGCGGCGAGGAUAAAAUACAUUGCUAUGAACGGGCCGAGACGCAGCUGCUCGUCCGCGAGUUCCAUCGCGUGCGCAGCCUGAAUGUAGUCAGCGAGGCGCCGCGCGGUGUGGAGACCGCAUGCAAUUGUAUGCCCGCGUGCACAUCGCUCAUUUACAACACGGAAAUCUCGCAGGCCAACUUCGAUUUGGAUGAGAUGCUGGUCGCCGAGGGAGAUACCGAAUUUUUGCGCGAAUAUCCCGGAUCACAGAUGUCCCGCCUCUCGAUAUACUUCAAGCAGAGUCAGUUUAUCACCUCGAAACGAUCCGAGCUGUAUGGCGUAACCGAGUUCUUGGCCAAUUGUGGCGGCAUCUUUGGCCUUUUCAUGGGCUUCUCCAUACUAAGCAUGGUCGAGCUGCUUUAUCACUUUACAUUACGCUUCGGUGUGAAUCUGAAACAUUUGUUUAAAGUGAAUUUCUAGCCGCGAAUCUCGCUACGAGGGUCUCGGUAACUUUUUGCAUCUGUUCAUCCGAAACUCGCAUGUUGCGCAUGCAAUCAGAUCAAAAGUCCCAUUUUUUAUUAUAAGUUAAGUUAUAUUUUAUGUUUCCACCUUAUUUGAUAUUUACAUAUUUGUAAUUUUGUUAAUCAUCCCAUACUGAAUAUAAGCUAUUGUAAUUGA